CUCACGAGUCCCUUUCUACCCUUGACUCCUUGCUGUCUAUAUAAGCUCUCAUAAUAUCGCUCUCCAGUACACCAAAACCUCAACACAACACAACACAUCACAUCCCUCCUUAAUCCCUAGCUACGAUCGAUCUAUCGCUCGCUGCAUAUUGUAUUUUUAAAGAAAAAAAAAACAUAUUAUUGUUCAUGUCAAGGAUCAUGGAGCCACUUGCUGUAGGGAGAGUUGUAGGAGAUGUGGUGGACAUAUUCACCCCGAGCGUGAGAAUGGUUGUCACUUAUAAUUCCAACAAGCAAGUUGCUAAUGGCUAUGAGUUCAUGCCUUCAGUCAUUGCAGCUAGACCUAGAGUCGAGAUUGGUGGCGAGGACUUGAGGACUUCUUAUACUCUCAUCAUGACGGACCCUGAUGCUCCAAGCCCAAGUGACCCGUACCUAAGAGAGCAUCUCCACUGGAUGGUCACUGACAUUCCUGGUACAACUGAUGCUUCCUUCGGAAGAGAAGUUUUGAGCUAUGAGACUCCAAAACCGGUGGUUGGCAUCCAUCGAUACGUGUUCAUCCUGUUUAAGCAGAGGGGAAGGCAAACGGUGAGGCCACAAGCUUCAAGAGACAAUUUCAACACCAGGAGGUUCUCAGAAGAGAACGGAUUGGGCCUGCCGGCGGCUGCAGUGUACUUCAAUGCUCAGAGAGAAACUGCUGCAAGAAGAAGAUGAUCUUGUCAUGACAGGAUCAUCCUUUUCGAGAUUUCCCCUUUUUUUUUUAUGAAAAUAAAGAUUGUAUUCUGAGUCAUCUAUACUCUCUGCUUCGUGGAAAGGUGACUGCCAGAACUAUCUCCACAUUUUAGGGUGUGGUAGUUAAAUGCUAUAUGGGAAUGUUCUCUCUC